UCACUCACUCACUCUCACACACACACACACACACACACACACUCACUCACUCACACACACACACACACACACACACACACAUACACACACACAGAGACGCACACUAUCAUCAUUCCCGCAUCCCGUCAGGUUCACAGAUGAACAAGAGUCGCUCUGCUCUCACUCUUCGCUUGGUAGACUAACACACAUCAUGGAUUUCCCGAAUUUUCUGCUGUUUCUUGCAGUGAGCACCCUCACAAUAAAAGAGUCUCUUCAAGGGCCAAACCAGCAAAGACUGUACAAGGACUUGAUGCAGGGUUACAACCCGCUUGUGAGACCAGUACAGAAUGACUCUCAGACUCUCACGGUGAACUUCGGCCUCACUCUAAUGCAGAUCAUGGAUGUGGAUGAGAAGAAUCAAGUUUUGACAACCAACAUUUGGCUUCAACUGUUCUGGAAUGAUACUUACCUCCAGUGGAAUCCAGAAGACUAUCCAGGUGUGAGCAAUGUGAGAUUUCCGGAAAAUCUCAUUUGGAAGCCAGACAUCCUGCUCUAUAACAGUGCAGAUGAGAGAUUCGAUGCUACGUUCCGCACCAACAUUUUGGUGGACCAUACAGGCAUGUGCUCCUACAUACCACCAGCAAUCUUCAAGAGCACUUGCUCCAUCGAUGUGCGCUGGUUCCCCUUUGAUGUGCAGAGAUGUGACUUGAAGUUUGGCUCCUGGACGUACGGGGGCUGGUCUUUAGACUUAAAGAUGGUGGACGCUGAUAUCUCCAACUACAUCUCCAACGGAGAGUGGGAUCUUGUUGAGGUUCCAGGACAGAAGAACAAGCGUGUGUACGACUGUUGUGAGGAGCCGUACUUUGACGUCACUUUCACCCUGGUGAUGCGGAGGAGGACACUCUACUACGGACUCAACCUGCUCAUCCCAUGUGUCCUGAUCUCCACUCUAGCCCUGCUCGUCUUCCUCCUGCCUGCUGACUCUGGAGAGAAGAUAUCACUGGGCAUCACAGUCCUUCUCUCCCUGACUGUCUUCAUGCUGCUGGUUGCAGAGAUUAUGCCCGCCACAUCAGACUCGGUGCCUUUGAUAGCUGAGUACUUUGCCGUCACCAUGGUCAUCGUUGGGCUCUCAGUGAUUGCUACAGUUCUGGUCUUACAGUACCACCACCAUGACCCUGAUGGAGGCAAGAUGCCAAAAUGGACCCGUGUGUUCUUACUGGACUGGUGUGCCUGGUUCCUGCGCAUGAAGCGCCCAGGUGAAGAUCGGGUGCGUCCAGCCUGUCACAACAAGGCAACACGGAGCAGCCUGACCAGCGUAGACCUCAAUGCCAGCGCCUCAACCUCCCAGGCCAACAAUGGCAACAUGCUGUACGUCGGCCUCCGUGGCCUGGAGAGCGUUCCUUACUCCACAGCCACCACCUCUCCUGACUCUGGGGUCCUCUGCGGACGGCUGGUCACUCGGGCGGGUGAGGAGGAGAUGCUUCUCCCCACAGCACACGCCUCUUCAGUGGGCAGUCUGGAACCAGAGCUGGCCAAGAUCCUGGAUGAGGUGCGCUUUAUUGCCAAACGCUUCCGUAACCAAGACGAGGAUGAGUCUGUGUGCAACGAGUGGAAGUUUGCAGCGUCUGUUAUUGACAGGCUUUGUCUCAUGGCUUUUUCUCUCUUCACUAUCCUUUGCACCCUUGGGAUCCUAAUGUCAGCACCCAACUUUGUAGAGGCCAUUUCCAAAGACUUUUUUAACUGAGACCCUAGAUCAAGAAAAAAAGAGCCCUUAACAAAAUUAAAAGCUUCUACCCCUCUCUUAAAUUUCAACUCCUUACAAACACAUAGUUUGGUUAUUUGGACACAGUUCAGCCUGCAAGGAAGGUCCUUAGAUAGCACCACAUUUUUAACCAAGUCAAAACAUGUGACAAAUGACAAAAGUAUGUCUUUUAAAGGUGGGGAAGUCACCAGCCUCAGUUUUUUAUGAUGUACAAUCCAAUGGAAUAAUAGAGGAAAACAUCUAAAACAAUUAAGAGUAUAAAACAACUAAUUAUUAACACAACACAGCAUUAGAGUGGCUUCAUAUCUAUCCAACAAAGAAUGCAAAUGUGGUUUGUUAUGUGAUGUUACAAGUGUACGAUUAUUCAUUACUAUAAAUCGAUGUUCCAUAUACAAAACAUAACAGCAGUAGUAUCUUGUAUUGGAAUGUAUUUGUUGUAUCACAUAAAUACUCAUUUAUUGAACAGCUAUGCGAUGUGAAUGACCCAUUUAUUGAAACAAUAAUAUUGAUUUUAAUUAGAAGCAUAACCAAACACCUCAGUUUACUAAUGUUCUUACUGAAGGAUCGUACUAAAUGUUUCUCACUUACUUUAUCGUAACACAAUGUGAUAAUGAGAGAAUUAAUGUGAAUGUAGUCUUUUAAUUUUAAAUGCGCAUGUUUUGUUUCUGUUAUGUAACAUUUCUUUCACAAAUAAAUGUCCUUUUUCUAUUUCAAAGGGAAAUAAACAUGA